AUGCUGCUGGCGGAGCCUGACUUCCGGAAGUCUACCCCUCGGGCCUCGGCUCCUGUUCCAGAGGAGCAGAAACGCUCUUUGGUUCUGACGCCUCAUGAGAGAGCAAGAGGCAAGAGGGCUCGCGAUGCCCGGUGCUCUGCUUCUCUCCCCAAGCGGCUCCAACGGCCAGCGCCGGGCCAGGCAGAAGCCAGGAGGCUUGACCUCCAUUCAGGGCGCCCAGGAGGCCGGGAGGCGUGGUCCCUGGGUCACAGCCUGGAGAGGCCGCCCCACCAGCGGCCCUGGGGCGUCAGACGCUGGACGCCGCAGGCAGCGCGCAGAUGCAUUCGUGGCGCCACGGCGGCCGCCAAUGGGGAGUGCGCCUGCGCCCGGCGCUGUGCCCCGGAAGUGGCCCCUUGUGCCCCGGAAGUGGCCCCUUGUGGCCCGCUGUGCUCAGGUAGGAGUCCUCGGCGGUCCAGUCUGCUGCUGCCGGAGAGCCCGCGCGAGCCGUCCGGAGCCGUCCUGGACGCUGCCGGCGGAGCCUGCGGGAGACCCAAAUCCCCCGGGGUCAGGCCGGGCUCAGAGAGGCUGCGGCCCGAGGCUGCCGCGGCAGGUACCUUGCCCUUCUGGAAAUGUGUAGGCGCGGUCCUCUUCUUGGGCAGCUUCCGGAAGUCUACCCCUCGGGCCUCGGCUCCUGUUCCAGAGGAGCAGAAACGCUCUUUGCAUCCAGCGUCGUGGAGUUCUUUGUUGGAACAUGUGCUGAGCACUGGCGCCAAGCCUUCGAACAAGGAGGUGAGCAGCCAAGAGCAACACCUGCAGGAAGGGCCGGGCUGCUGGUGUCGGAGGAGUGGCAGUAGGUUCAACAGGACCCUCAGGUUUGUCCCUCCUCGCCUGGUGAGUCUUCUUGAAAUGUUUGUGCGUAUCAUAUGCCGGCCCUGGCCACAGGCAGGGGACACUCGGGCCUUCAGGAGCCAGGGGAAAGGAAGGAUAAAUUGUGUAUUAUAUUGUAUGUUAUAAAUUGAAUGCUGUAUAUUCAAUUUGUAUUAUAUAUUAUAAAUUUCAUGUCACAUGUUCUAAAUAGGCUUUACAUUGUAUAUCGUAAAAUGUGUAUGUGCUCGGAGGUAUCACAUACGGUUCCAGAAGGAAUGGGCCUACCUGGCUGAAUUGUCAUGCCAGGAUGGGUGAACCAGCAGGUGAGUCAUCUUCUGUCGGGUGGGCACUUACGAUGCCCAGCGACUGCGUUAAUUUCCAGGUUUCUUGUGUUAUUUUCUGGAUUUAUAGUUCUGCUUGGUGGAUAGGAGCUGAGAAAACUGGAUCUAGUCAUCCAGAAAGGAAGUUCCUGCUCACAGGCUUUGACUCCUGUUUUUCCUAAUUUGCUAAGCUAGUUUAUCUCAGUUUACAUGGAAGGUUCUGCAACACAGCAGUGAUAGCAUUGACUGGGAAACCCCCCAAAAUGGUUGUAUAUCGAUGUCAUUGCCCCACUGAAUUCUAAUUCUGCCUCUGUGAUAUCCAGUGUUGCCCUAAUUUUAUGAAAAAGUUCUUUAGCAAGAUAUUGUUAGAUUGUCUUAACGAAUGCGGCUAUAUGGGGAGACAUACGAUGUAAACUUCACAUAUCCCAGUCAUAUUAUUACAUUAGCUAGGACUGUGGGGACUCUGUUUAUCAUCAGAGGCAAGUAGAUCAGAGGAUGGCACCGAAAGUUUGAGAAGGAAGCAUUAUUCCCUAAGUAUAUUUGUUGCAGGUAUAAAACUAUAAGGUUCUGAAUAACUCAAUACUGGUUCUUUUUAUUUCUAAGUUAGAUUUUGAAAUAUUGAAAUCACUUGGAUUAUGAUAUUUUUCGGUCGGAGAGGAGAGGGGUAUUGUUUCUGCACAGUAUCCACAAUGGUUGCCAUGCCAUUGGUUGUGAAACUUUGGUUGACGAAAUGAAAUCCCUGUUAGUCCGUGUGUUUAAACAACACAGAAUUUCAGAAUCCCUAGGUAUUGUGUUUUGUGGUUUGGUUCUUAUAGUAUGUGGAGAAUCGAGUCUUCCUUCCUGCUGGUUAGCAUUCACUAGUGUUGACAUCCAAGGAUCAUUCCUUGAUUUUCAUUUUAGGAGAUGCUGAGCAGGGACUAAUCGGUAACAACCCCUUGAGGCGAGUCAUCAUGGAUGUUCCAGUUUCCUCAUUAUCCACUCUUGGUGUUCCUCUUAGUCCUGAUUAUUCAAAUCCAGAUGUUGAAAUGACCCCAUGUUCAGUCUAAGUGUUUGUUCUCACUGGUCUUCUCAUCCUAGACAGCCUCAUCUCUGUACCGUGUUUCAGGAGGGUCUUGGCUUUUUCUCCCAUCAUUAGCUAGACCUGUUUAUGUUGCCCACGGUUUUCUCAUUUUGGCUAUUUUCAAACUUGAUUCCUUGAUUCCAUAAUUCUUUUCCCUCACACACAACAAACCAGGAAAAAUCUGUUCUCUUGUUUUCUCAUGCUCCCAGUCCACACAUGUUCUCUGAUAACAUUCACCAGGCAUCUCAAAGGCUGGCUGGUCCCCACACCCUUCUGGAAGCCACAUGAAUAUGUGAUUCUUUGGCUUUUCGCUUUUGUGUCUCAAUUCCGUCACCUUUUCCACACCUCUGCUCCUGUGACCACCAUAAAACUUUAUCAUCUCCCAUAAGCCUAGCCUCUCCCUAGGCUAGCAACUACUAGUGUACUACUAACAGGAAGUUAAAAUUUAGAAACUUUCUGGGGAAGUUCCAAAAUUAAAGUGGUUUACGCCAAACGUCUUAAGAUGCUUUCCCUGUGUUUGACUAGAAUCGUAUCUAUGGGGGGGGAAACUAGAUGGAGUGUUCACCUCACACAAUGCCUUUGUUUUGUUUGUGAGUUAUGUACACCUCAGUAAUUAUGAAUGGGAAAACUAAAACUGACUUGCAGUUCAAUGUUGCAAAUAUUUGGGAGUUCUGUAGUGAGAGAACAGGCAUGGAGUCCAGGAAAUCCUUCAAUGAAUUGGUAUAUCUGUGGUUUUCAGAGUGCUACUUUAAAGACAUUUAAAUUAUGUUAACAUUUUCUUGCAGUGUCACUGGUCGCCUACUGAUGAAGCAGGCCCUGCAUUUUCCAUUCCAUAGUUUAAUUGGGCUAAUUCACAACCUGCCUAUAAUAGUAGCUAUGUUAAAUGCACAUAGGAAUGUGCACACAUUGGUGGGAGAAUAGCACAUAGUAAUUUAGGAUUCUCGUUUCACUUUUCACUUUCCUGGUUUCCUUCAGAUACAUUUCCUUUCAUGUUGUAUUUCUGAGUUUUCAGUUUGAGGGAGGUGGGGUGGGGCGACAAUGCAUUAUGUUACUUGGAUAUUGUCUUAAAUAUUCUCUUGAUGGAAUUCCCGAAUCUUUAUUUUCAAGAUAUAAAUCUCCUGAAAUUUAGUUUAGUCAAGUUGUGAAUGUUCUUUUUAAGGAUUUAUGUAUUUGAAAGUCAGACUUCCACAGAGAUAGAAGGAGAGGCAGAGAGAGAGAGAGGUCUUCCACCUGCUGGUUCACUCCCCAGUUGGCUGCAAGGGCCGGAACUGUGCCAGUGUGAAGCCAGGAGCCAGGAACCUCUUCUGGGUCUCCCACGUGGGUUCAGGGGCCCAAGGACUUGGGCCGUCUUUCACUGCUUUCCCAGGCCAUAGCAGAGAGCUGGAUUGGAAGUGGAGCAGCCGGGACUUGAACUGGUGCCCGUGUAGGAUGCCAGCACUGCAUUUGGUGGCCUCACCCGCUAUGCCACAGUGCCAGCCCCAAUCAUGAAUAUUUUAGCAUCAUUU